AUGCUUCCUCCUCCUCUUGGAGUAUAUAAUAAUGCCAAUGAACUUUUUCAAAGCAUACAACGGUUUGCAAAUUCUCAAGGCGGUGUUUAUAAUAAUUCUCAGAGUUUUACUGAAGAAACAA